UUCUGCAUGCAACUGUAAUAAAAUAUAAUUGCUGGUUUUCAGGUUUCUAGGCCGUAGUCUGUAGGCAUUUGGUCUCAACGUUUCGAUAUCCCGUAUAUGUUCGCAUCUUCAGAGAAACGUUUACUUCAAGCGCUUACACUUCGCCUUUAUAUUAAAAUAGUAGAUGCAUUGAUUAAAAUUCAUUAAAACUAAAAUAUUGUCCUUAGCUAAGUACAUUUGGUUCUCUUUUUAUCCAAAUUUUAUCCCUCUCACUCUCAUCGGAAUCAAAUUUGAAAAAAUUUAUCACAUUUUUUUGCUUCUAGCAUUUACAAUUAGUGACAUGGUCUAGACUAUAAUUUUCUGAUGCAACUGAAAGUAUCGGAUCUGAAAAUCAUGAAAAACAUCAAAAUAGAUUCAUAAAUAGAAAAAACCUGCAAGUACGGUCCUGUUUUCUUGGGUAAACGUCAUUUUGCGCUGUUCCGGUGCUGUCAUCAUCAUAAAAUCUAACCUUAAUGUGUAACCUGACAUCAACCAAGCAAAUAUUUGUAAUUUCAAGCUGUAAACGCAAUAAAACGAGAAAUAAACUGUGAUUUUACCGGCGCAAAGUUAAUAAAACCGAUUAUUCGGUAGUGAUAAGCUGAAACAGUUUUUAUAAACAAUUGCCCAAAUUUUACCUAUAACUGAGGGAGUGUCCCGGAUUUAUCAGUUAAUUAGUACGUGCAUCAUGCCUACUAAGAAAAGCCAGCAAAUCGAUGAGAAUUUAUUAGCGGAACGGUUAGCAAAGUUUACGCCAGGUCCUUUAGUGCAAGACACUCAACAUUCCAAAGUCAAAAAUGAAAUUGAGAUUCCAGCAGUGGAGGAAGGCGAAAACGUAAUCGAUUUGGCCAAAACCAACUAUUUGAACAUCCUAGAUAAUGAAGAUAUUAAAAAGCGAUGUGAAGCCACUAUUUGCAAGUAUGGCGUUGGGACUUGCGGCCCCCGAGCUUUCUAUGGAACCACUGAUGUGCACCUGGAAUUAGAAGAGCUUAUUGCCAAGUUUUUCGGCAUGCAAGAGUCAAUUGUGUACUCUUAUGGAUUUAUCGCAAUAUCCAGUUCAAUCGCUGCCUACUGCAAGAAAAGUGACGUUGUCUUUACAUCCUCAAACUGUAAUGUUGCGAUUCAGCAGGGAUUGCAAAUGGCUCGAAGCAAAGUGGUGUAUUUUGAUCAUCAAGAACCGGAAACAUUUGCCGUAGAAGUUGAGAAGUUAGUGGCACAAGAAACGAAGUCUAAAAAGAAAGCCAGAAAAUUUUUGAUAGUUGAAGGAGUUUCGUGGAAGACUGGGAAAAUUCUACCUUUGCCAGCAUUUCUGAAAAUUGCCGAAGACAAUAAAAUUAGGGUGUUUUUAGAGGAAUCGUACUCAAUUGGUGUUCUUGGUGAUAAAGGGCUCGGCCUAAUGGAAUAUUUCGAUAUUGACUCUUGGCGGUUGGACAUGAUCAUAGCCACCUUGGAAGCUGCCAUAGGAUCCAUAGGAGGAUUUUGUGCUGGAUCACACAAGACAAUAGAACAUCAAAGACUAUCAGGUAGCGGCUAUAUUUUCUCUGCUUCCCUUCCCACAUUCCUAGUGCAAGCUUGCAUCGAAUCAAUCAACUUGCUAAAUUCCAAACCACAUCACAAGUUAAACAUUUUAUCGGAAAAGUUUCAUUACAUGCUACUUGAGCUAGGAUAUCAAGUGGAAAGUGAUCCGCUGUGCCCCUUCAAGGUCUUCAGCGUAAAGACAAAAGAUGAUAACGAACGACGAACCACCACAAUCGCUAUACACAAGUAUUGUAAGCAAAAUAAGUUGCAUUUUAUUUUGAACGAUGAUAGUUUAGUAAUUAAUCUUAACGUGGAAUUAUCAGCUAACACGCAAAAGUAUGAUCAAAUAGAAAGUAUUUUGAAAAGGGCCUUAAAAGAAUCGCUAGCAGUAUGAGUAUAGCUAACCCUCCACGCGAUUUCAUUAGUAUUAAUAAGUAUUACAUAAAUUGCAAAUUUGUUAAGAAAACCACCGUAAUGUUGCCUCCUUUUAAAAUUGUUAUUAUUUUUAAAUAAUUCCUUAAAGAAAUGAAAUUUAUUUAUUCAACUUACCUGAAAAUAUCCUUAAUAACCACGAUAGCUUCUUGCACUACAUAGUUCACUUUCGUUUGGAUCAAGUCCAAUAGAGUUGACACACAACGCUCUGCAGAUGGUUCCACUUUGAUGGCACAUCUACCUAUGGCUCUCACAGCUUUUCUCACAAAGUCCACAUCCACCUGAUGAGCACAAAUAAAAAUAUUAUUACUCAUAGGGGCUUUAAUUACUUAUCAGUAGUUACUCACCUCUGUUGCAUAUUCUUUCAAUUCACUCAGCACUUGAGCAAUAUUUCCUUGAGACGCCAAGCGGAUCAUUAUGUCGAGUUUCUCGAGUUUCACAUAAAUAGGAUCGUUAUAUUUAACGAAAAAGACCUGUUGAAUAGAAUUAUAUUGAGUUUUCUUUACAUA